AAUGGUCACUUCAAAUAAUUAAUAACAUCUGCCAGUCUACUUUUCUCUCUUUUUUUUCUCUGCUUUAUUUCUCUCAAUCUCACUCUCUCACAAACAUACACACACACACACACAAUAGUGUAAUAUAUCUGCGUUGCCUUAUCAGGAACAGGCAACCACUCACCAGCUCACAUCUAACAAGAGACUGAGGUAGAGAAGAGACGCCUGUCUACAUCCUGUCUUUAAAUCUUUCAUUUUCUUGAAUAUACUACUGAGAAGUCACAUAAUCUACAGGCAGACUUUCCCUCAUGGCUCCAAAUGGAGGGACAUAUUUCUUUAUACUCAUUGUGGCCUGCACAGCGUUGGCUAAACCUCUAGAUGUGAUGCCAGCUGAUAAAACUGCCUUCAGGGAUAUUGCAAAAAAGCUGAUGAUGAAAUGUCACCAUAAGGGAUACCCAGUGCCCAAGAUGCCGCUGAAAAGUGUCCUCAGUAACAGUGUGCUACCUACAGACAACAGAACUGCUGAUCAAGCUAACUCCUUCCUGUCCACUUUUCUUGAUGUCCUGAAUUCAGUCACUGUUGGGACAAACAGAGAUACAGUUAGUCAACUCCCAAUGGAAGCCUCAGAUGAAAUGAUGUGGAAUUGCAGCAAUCUUCCAGCCACGAUCAAGAUGAUGGGGAACUCCUCUGAGCCAUCUGCAUGUUACAUGAAAGCAUUUGUGGCACCCAUGUCCUGGGCAGCAUUAACCACGCAGGGUGAAGGUGACAUCAAUUCAAGUGACUAUGACACACUGGUGUGGGCUGCCAAACCUGUGCUGCAAGAUAUACCAUCUGCAAGAAUGAAUCUUCCCCCAAUAGCAGGGGGAGGGAACAUAGAAAAGAUGAUGGAAAUGCUGCAGGAAGUGUAUGAACCUAUGACUGAUGAUCAAAGAACUCAGGUGCUAAAUUGGGCAAAAGAGCAGAUCACCCAAAACCACUUCAACUGUACAAUGAAACCACCUUCUGAUGCAAAAUCAAUGCUGAUUGAUCGCUGCAAACCAUCUCUGAAAUGGCUGGAUUUGGAUGCCCUGACCAUGAUGGGGCCUUACCUCUCCCAUUUAGCACCAGAGGAUGUUGAUUCUUCUCCCAAAGAAAAGCUGUGUGAAUUUUUCCACUCAGCCCAGUUCAACUCCAACAUUACUAGGGCAAAUAAGAUGAGCCCCAGCCUCGGCAAAAAGUUUCUCCAAAGAAUUCAAGAGUGCUUCAGUGGAAAAGAAUUCCCAGAGCAUGUGGACAAGCUUGGUCCAUUGGCUUGUUAUUAUGAUGCUCCAGAUUUGACUCCUGAUCUCAGCAAGAAACUCCUCUCUCAGCUGGAUGUCUGUGACAACCCCACAAUGCCAAAACUGAAGAAACGUCUUGUCAAAUCCAUGAUGUCAAAUUCCAGCAGCACUCAAACACUCCAUGACCUGGGUACUAGCAUUAACUUGUUGUCUCCUGAACAACUGUCAGCAAUCCCUGCAGACAAUCUCAAAGAUGUUCUUCGAAGUCUUGGAGACAAUGUCACAUGGACACGAAGUCAGCUGUGCAUUCUGGUCAAGAAACAGCUGAGUGAUAAGAAGUGCAAUGAGGUGUCAGGUGAAGAGCUGAUGGCACUUCAGUCAACUGCAGCAGGCUUGCCAAGCUGUGUACUUAAGAAUAUAAAAUCUCAGGACAUUCUGACAGACAGAGAGGCCUUGAAGAACAUCUCCAAGCAAAUGAGCAAGGGGCAGUUGAAUGCCAUGCUGCAGGGGCUGCGUGGGAAGGUAAAUCUCUCUGAGCUGGUGCAGAAGUUGCCAGCCCCGUUGCUUCAGAGAGUUUCUCUUGCCAGUCUAGCAAAAGCAAACAUCACCUCUUUGGAGCAAGUGGAGAAUCAAACCUGGAGUCGGUCGCAGGCACUCUACCUGGCAAAGAAGAUGCAUGACCUAAAGCAGCUUCAGUACCGGAGACUUCAUUCAGUCCUUCAGGGCCUCACCUGUAAUAUGAUUGAUAAAGUUGCUGACAACAACACACUGGACAUGGUUCAGGCCGUUACAGAGACUCCUCAGUGGCUCUCCAAAGUUCAAGCAGGAUGUGCUGCCAGAAAGCUUUUUAUAACUUUAGAGCAAAAGAGGGCCAACUACUUCAAAACCAUCACUGAGCAAGAGCUGGAUAGGAUUCCCACACCGUUGCUACUUUACUUGCCGCCUUUGAAGGUGAAGGGUUUGCCUGAUUCUGUGUGUUCUGUCCUCCUUGACAAGAUGGAAACAGCCAAUCUGAGUUCACUACCUCUUCGAGCCCCAUCCCGUCCCGCACUCACCCAAAGAGCGCUGCUUUGCCUGACCAAUGGGAAAGAUUUAUCUGGAUUGACCACUGCAGACGCAUUGAAGCUUGGACCAUUCUUGUGUGAGAUGGCACCUUCCCAACUGCGCCUUAUGACUGCUGAUGUCAUGAAAUUCAGCCUCCAGAUCAUGGCUUCCUGCCAACAUAUUCCGCAACACCACAGGGCAGAUCUUAUUCAGCUGGUCAGCCAGACUUUUGGGAAUCCAUCUGACUGGCCAUCGCAGACCAUGGAAUCACUGGGUCCUCUUGUUCUUUUGGAUGAUAAUGCAACCUCUGCUCUACCUAAUAAACCUUGGAUGAAGGACGUAUUAGCCUUUCUGAGGUCUCGCCUGACCAAUACUUCAGAUGCCCUGAAAAAGAAAAUCUUUGACCUAACCAUCGCCACCGUAUCAAACACAGCACGUAAAAAGAGAGCAGCCCAAAGUGACAAUAAAGGAACUAGUAAUGGAAAUGAAAGUGGUGUCAAUGCUACAGAGCCCACAGAGGCCUUGAUUGAAGAACUGGGAAUGGAAAACAUCUACUGGACACCAGCACAGCUGCACAUGAUGUCAAAUAGCACUUUCUUGGCCACUGUGGAAAUACUUGGGAGGAUCCCUGGCUAUAGUGCGGAGCAGCUGGAUGUGCUCCGUAAAAAAGCCAUUGAGACCUUUGGCCCUGUGCCACAGAUGACUGAAAGUGUAGUUAUGCAGUUGGGGUGUAUAACUCAGGGUUUUUCCAACGCCGACUUGGAGAAGCUUCCCCUCUCUCUGGACACUCUGGAGGAAGUUGCCCACUGUGGCUGGAAACAUUCUCAGAUGGAGUCAGUGUGGAAGGGUGUUGUCAAAUAUAACAACCUGACAGCGCAGCAGCUGGGAGCCGCGGACAUGGUAACACUGAACCAAUUCAUCUGUGGACUAAGCUCCAAUGAGAUCAGCAAGCUCAGUGUGGACGCCUUCAAGGACGCUGUGGGAUCAAUGGAUGGUAUUCAGUGCCCCUUCAAGGUUAUGCAGGACUUCAAAAACCGUGCCGUGUCUGCAUUUGGAAAUCCCAAAACCUGGUCUGAAGCACAAGUGUCUGACUUAGACACCAUCAUUGCUGGAUUAAAUGCAACUGAAAUGGUUUCUUUAGACCCAUCUGUCUUCCCAUUUCUCAGUCAGUGUUGCGUUGCACAGAUUCCUCCAGACAACUUUGCUAAACUCUCUGUAGCUCAGCUGGAGGCUCUUGGGCCUGACAAUGCUGAAAUGGUGACCAGCAAACAGCGAGCUGUGCUGAAAGAAAAUCAACUGGCCGCCCUUGAAAAGGCUUCAAUUGGUUCUCCUUACGAACCACGAAACUCUACAGUUCCUCAGUCAGGAGCUCCUCAGCUGAGUGUGGAAGGAAUUGGUGCCGUCAUGAAGCCCUUUCUGUUUCUCCUCAUGGGGUUCCUGCUUCUGUGAGAUCAGUCAUCCCAUCCUGCUGCAAAAGCAACCAAAGCUUCAGCUAAAUAUGUACAUGCAGCUUGUUUCCAAGAGGUUAUCCACAUAGAGCAAUUAUAACAACAUGUAAUCCUUUCAUUAGAGGGGAAGAUUUAGCUUGUUUUUAUUAGAUUAAAUUUAUGUGGCUGUUAAAUGCAUGUUAUCAAAUGAAUCAGUAAGAUGCAUUAAGGUUAUUUUAUUGAAUAUUCUAUAUAGUAUCUGUUAUAUACUUGUAAGAAAGUAUAUUUGAAUAGAAUGAAGAGUUUUUAUUGUUGAACACGACCUGUGUACAUGGUUCUGUUGUUUGGAUACAGUAUGUUCUUGCAGAAUUUAAAAGGUUAAACUCAAUAAAUGUUGGAAAAAUACUGACAUUGUGGAAAUAUUAGAGAUGAAAGAGUAAGUUAAUCUCUUUAUUUUGUUUUAAAAAAAAUCCCUAGUCAGGCAUAGCUAGGGCAGACUAUGGAGCUCUGGGGUCCUAUUUAGGACAUAUUUGUGUUAAACUAUAUUUUAUUUUGCAAUACAUACAUUUGUAGAGUACUUAACUGUUUACUGUUAGCAGCCUUCAUUCUUUGGCUGGAAAUUUAUUCGUAUUACAUCAUUGUACCAACUUGCAGAAAACAUACAUUAUGCUCAACAAAUACAGUUAAAAGGAUUCGAUCUGCGUCCGUUUGCUUAUCUAAGCCCACUAGGCGUAAUCAGCAUAAACUGGCAUUUCCAUUGAAUUCUAAUUCUGUAUAAUUUGGUUAGUAAUUAUUUUAUUUUGUUAAUGGAUAAACAAAUAAAGUUAAAACAUUGCUGAAAGGCUGGAAAUCCCAUGAGAGCAAACACAGCUUAUUGACUUCAGUUAAUUAAAUGAGAAAUUACGUGUGUGGUAGUCAGAAAUAUGACACAACCAGCAGCUUAUCAGAUGCAACAUAAGAAAAUCAAAAGGUCAUAAAUAUAUUAAAAAGUCAC